AUGGACGUAUGGUCAGGCUCCAUUGUAUUAGAUGGGGAUCGCCCACUAGAAGGCUUCCGCUUAAUUGAUCCUAGCUCUCGUUGGCCAUGUGAUAUAUCUAAAAGUGCCAAGCUCCAUCUUCGAAGCUUUGUUAACCCAUCAUUGAUCCCGCUGCAUGCGCGAGCAGGACCCGGUCUCGAAUUACACAUAAUCAACGCGAGGACUUCACAAUGGCUUCAGAGAAAAUUGACAGGCUGUGUCUUGCCACGCGAAGAUGAUUUUGACCUUCAUCAAUCCUUACCGUGCCCCGUUGGUCUGCUGGUCAGCAUUGAGGACAGUCCCAUUAAGAAAACCAGUAUGGCCACAUCUGACCUCUUGGUUUAUGGUGUCUUGUCCGGCACAACAUCUUGCACACGUCCGCCUACUCCACCACAUUCCUCGCCGAGUAAGACCGACAGCCAAGCUACUACUUCACCAAAUAAGCCGCAUGAGCUCAGAAUCUAUGCAGCUCCCCUUUCAACAUCUUUGCUCGCUCAAGCUCAUACUUUCCCAUCUCCACCAUCUAGUUCAGAUGGGGGCCAUGUUUCUACACAAGCUGAAUUUCUUCCACAGAUCAGCUCGCUCAGUCCAAAGAGAAAACGGGUGGCCACACUCUUUGAGAUUGCAGCACAGCAUCACCGCCGUGUAAGACAACGAGGCGGUGAGGCUGUCUCCCAGAUAAUGGCACCGUCGAGGCCCCAAUCCUCGUCACAGAAUUUCCAAUCACUACGGGUGAAGCGAGAACCCGAGGAUGAACCCCCAGGCUUUACACCUUUUGAAAGAAUCACUGCACAUCGUUCGCGAUCUGUCUCCAUCGGAGCCAAUCUAUGCAGUCUCAGCACUGGACGCAGUAUGCGCGCUGGAGUUACAGAUCUACAGAAGCGUGCUUCUGUGUCAAACCUGUCCUUAGAUACCGAUCCUCAUCGUAUACAACAGCUACAGUCCUCAGUUUUACUUUCGACCUCAAGUGAACCAAAAUUGCCUUCUAUGUCAAAUUUACUGCCCAAAACUCCCGAAUCCAUCAUCUCGGAAAACAAAAAUGUGAUCACACGCACUAUAUUAACCUGCAUGCGGCUAUAUGGUUUUCACCGAUCCAAUAUGCGGUGUACUGCCAGCAAGCAUGCCAUUGAUCCGAGCCUUACACCACAUUCAACACCAAUACCACCUGACGUGGACAGUCAAGCACAAGAAACUUACACAGACGAUGACGAGUUUAAGGAUCUAUACCACAUAACUUAUAAAGCAGCAGCCUUUGCGUUACGUAGGUACUUGAAAUCUUCUUCAGUCGGUGCGGGAUCUAUACCUGUAUUGCUACAAAAAGAAAAGGCUAUGACCUGCAUAGAUGACCUGCUUCGAAUCUUCUGUGAGGGCCAUUAG